AUGAGACUGGACCUAGAAGGCUUUAGUAAUGUGUGGGAGAGGACGCUAGAAGAGGACAUUCUAAAGCACCUAUUAGUAAGAGGAUUUACGAACACUCUUCAUUCCUCUACUAGGAUCGAGAGGCCGGAAGGUGGUAAACCUAAAUCGCCAAAUCUUAAGGUAAUAGUUAAGAAGUGGACAUAG